GUUUAGCAGUCUAGCAGUUAUGUGACAAACAAAACAGCUGAUAUUUUGACAUAUUUUGAUUUUAUAAUGGACAUCACCAUGCCCAUUAUUCUUUCAAUAUCUUCAGCCUUAUCAUAUGGAUAUUUUAAAAGUUUACAAUGUAUGCCUUUCAGUUAACGCCUUGACAUAAUUUAUUAUUUACAAGAAAGGUAACUUAACCUACUCCUACCUGCCUACCUACUGAUCCUGCCAACUGAACUCAUCGAGUUCAAGCCAAGCAACUCAACUGACUUGUGACCUAGACUGCCUAGGCCUAGAGUGACAAGGACUAGUCUACUGAUCUACUGUCAGUGAAUGACUUAUAUUUUAAGUCUUAUUGAUAUCGUGAAAUUAAUAAUUAUUAACAUCAUAGUAUAGUCUCUCAGUCUCAUCUAAUCUCCUACUCACUUGUUUUUCUCAAACUGGCAACUAUUUCUUUGAUGCUUCACUAUUUUAAUUAUUAUCAAUAUAUAAAUUACCCUAAUGAGGCCUAAUGCUAUUUAAAAUUUAGUCAUGCAUAAUAUUAAUAUAUAGUCCUAUUAUAUACAUUCAGUUUAAGCAAUAUUAAAGUUAAGUUCAUUUAUCAAUUACUCUUACCCCUCCCCCCCCCCACACACACACACACACGCCCACAUUUUAAAAACAUUUUUCAUAAAACUAAAACUUAUAUUAUAAUUUAAUUAUUAAUAGUAAAACACAACAUAGAUCAUAAAAAUUAUUGUCAUAAAUACAUAGGCCCUACAUCCAGUGAAAGUGGCCCUACACUAGCUUACACUAGUCACUAGACAUACCCAUCUGCCCAUCUCCUUUAUUUACAUUAUUGAAACUAAACAACUACUAAUGUACAAUAAGUUGGUUAACCAGAAAUGUGCCUGUUAAAAAAUAAUAAUCAAAUAAUCUAUUUUAUCUUAAUCUUAUGACUUAUGAGUUUUGUAAAAAUAACAAUAUUGUUGCUAAUUUCUUCACUGAAGACUUCAGAACUCAAUAUUCAGUGUUUAUUAAGUGUGCAUGAAUACAAUAUUUUAAAUGUUAUUAUUUUCAUCAUAUAUAAUCUUUGUCUAUCAAUCAAUGAUAUAGUCUAACGCUUCUGAUUAUCUCUUGAAACUUUUUGUACAAAUAUAUAAAUAAAAAAAUCAUUUUUUUUUUACUUUAUCUGUGGAAAUUUGUUAGGUCUACAUAAAAAAAAACAAGACAUUUUUUUUUUUAACAAAAGUUGAAGUUGUCACUUUAUACUCAUUAUAGUACAAUAUGAUCAAUAAUGACAAAUGUUACAAACAAGAAGAACUAACUAUUAUUUAUGCCUUUCACAGAAUUGAAAAUGGAGACCGACAAAUACAGUCAAAGAAAAAUAAUUGAAUUUAUUUCCAAUCAUUUCAACAAAAAUGUGGCAUUUGUAAAGUUUUUAACAUCAUAUGAAGAUAAAGUUGCCUUGGUGAAGGACAUGUCUCCCCUCUGCUCAGCUUCUAUGUACAUUUUAAAAAUAUUUCUGUUAAAGAAAAAAAAAGAGAUUUUUCAAGAAAGAACUUCCAUUGUACAGAGUUUAGAACAGAAAGGAUUUUUGUGUUCCAGUUUUCUUGUUGGUGUGAAUGGAAACUGCAUACAAGAAUUUGAUACUGGUAAGCUCCGAAAAUGUUUCAUUUUUAGUUAUAAAAUGUAAUGCUAAGUGUUUUAAAUGCGUCCACUAAAAUUUACAAAAUUAAUAUUUGUUUAUAAAAGUCAAUUAGCGCCUUACCGCUGCACCACGGAGCUCAAUUAUUAAAUUAAAUAUUAAAAGCAAAUAACAAAAUGAAAAAUAUCAAAUUUAAGAGUUCCCCUCACCCCUGACUUGUGAGAAUGUGAGUGACCGUUAGAAACUUUUUAAAAAUAUCUAUGCAACUACCGGGUAUUUAUUACUUUUACAUCUUUAUUUUAAGACGUGCGCAUGUCGGGGUGGCCAUAUUUGUUUACGUUCAACAAAUAGUCUACUCUAGCACGUUUUUCUUUUCGUAAUCGUUGCAGUAUUCUUGUAUUUCCUCAAUUUUUAAUAAUGGGUGACAGUAAUAAAGGUGAGACCGGCGAAAAAUCUCCUCCUAAAAAGAAACUGUGUGUUACAUCAUUCUUUAAAAAAAUUGCAACGCCCGGUUUAUCAGCAACAUCAACGUCAUCAACAAAUGUGCCACAGGUGCAAGAUGCUGCCAAAAUACUCCUGCAAUGACAUUAUUAUUGGAUAACCACAUAUCCAGUGUGUCCUCAAAUUCUAGUGAAUCCGAAUCUGAUUCAGAAUCAUCAUUAUGUGACACAUUGACAUCAUCAGCCGCAAAGAAAGCCACAGACAUUACAAGUCUCUGUUCGGCUGUAUUUUUUUAUAUUGGUGAGGUCAACUUUAACCAAACAUUACCUGAAUCAGUAAAGAAAUCAGUGCUUUUGGAAAAGUUUCAACCAUCUAAGUACUGGAAAGGGCCUUUGAAGACAGUUGGGAAUAAACAACGCCGUUUGCCUAGUUCUAUGUUUAAUUCAAAUGUGUAUCCGUUUAUGAGUUACAGUGUCAAAGCGGAUGGUGUUUUCUGUGCUGCCUGCUCAGUAUUUGCUUCUGGUACGACAUGCGCUUUUAUACGCGAGCCGCAUUCAGACUGGAGUAACAUAGACCGACAUGCACAACGUCACAUAAAAUCCUUGACACAUCUUAGCUCUAUACAAGCAGCAUAUGCAUUUAUAAGUGUAUGCGAAGGUAAAUCAGUCUCCGUGAAACAGCAGCUAUCUCAACUGUACAAUGACAAAGUCCAAAGGAACACAGCUGCUCUCCAAUCCAUUAUUAAAACAAUAAUACCAUGUGGACAGCAAAACAUACCAAUGCGCGGAAAAUCAGAUGAUCGGAGCAAUUUUAUGGCUCUUCUUAAUUUUAGAGCCGAGCACGAUCUUGCUCUUAGUGAGCAUCUACGCAUCGCGUCAGGUAAUUCAAAAUGCAUCAGUCAUAGAAUACAAAACGAGCUGGUUGCUCUGUGCGGAAACCAGAUUCGAGACAAGAUCGUCAAGGAAUGCAUCGCUGCAAAAUACUUCAGCAUCAUUGUUGACGAAACUACAGAUGUCUCAGUCAAGGAGCAAGUGAGUUUGAAUCUUCUUUUUGUCACAUCUGAUCCAAAACGGCAACAAGAAUUUGUGUCCUUUGAGGAAACGUCUGACACAACAGGUGAAACGCUAUAUAAUCUAAUUACUGGAAAACUACAAGAGCUUGGCCUUGAUAUCCGCAAUAUUGUUGGUCUCGGGUUCGAUGGAGCUGCAAACAUGAGUGGAAAAGUAAAAGGAGCUAGAGGACGCUUCCAACAUGUGGGAACAGCAGAAUACGUCCACUGUCGAUCACAUACACUAAACUUAGCUAUUGUGAAUACUUGCAGUGAGGGCGCUGUUAGAAAUAUGUACAACACGGUCAGUGAAACUGUUAACUUUAUUACAGCAUCUGCCAAGCGUCUAAAUAUAUAUACAAACUCAAGCCAUGAAGAUGCAACACAACUUAAGAAAUUCUGUGCUACAAGGUUGGACUCGACAUGAAGAAACAUUACAAAGGUUUGAAGAGAACAUUUGUAUUAUACUUGAAACUCUGGCCGGUUUGACUCAAGAUCAUGAUCGUCAAACAUCUGUCAAAGCAAACGGUCUCCAAUUAUCAAUCCAGAAUUUUCAGUUGAUAUAUACGCUUGUCGUUGUUCAUCACUACUUGCGCUACACGAAACGGAUUUCCUACCCAUUGCAGUCUGUGGAUCAGAAUUUAGUUCGUGCCUCUAGUGAGUGCAAGGAGUUGAUCGACCUUUUGAAAUUGAAACGGAGCAAUGACGAUUCAUGCAAUUCAUUGUUUGAUGAGGCCUCCAAGUUAGCACAGAAAUUGAAUGUUGAGGUCAAAGAACCAAGAGUUAUUGCUAGACAACAGUACAGAUCAAAUGCACAUGGACCGAUAAAUUCUGUGCAAGAUUACUUCAGACUAAAUGUUCACAAUUCUUUUUUGGAUCACCUAAUAACAGAACUUCAAGACCGCAUUUGUACAUCAUCAGGACGUUUGACAGGAGAAAUGCUUAUGCCGCAACAUAUAUCCAGUCUGACUAAGAACGACAUGGAUAAAAUUCGGGAAGCUUAUGCAGCAUUCAUUAAUUCAGAUGAUCUUGAUGUAGAGGUUGAGAGGUGGAAGUUCAAACUUUCUGCGCGUGAAGGAGAAGUCAGCAACACUGCCGUGUCUUUGCAAGACUGUUUUUUACUCACGAAGGAUUUAUACCCAAAUUUGCACACUGUUUUUCAUGUACUUUUAACGAUGCCUGUUACAUCCGCCACAGCUGAACGCAGCUUCUCGGCGCUCCGCCGUCUCAAGAGUUAUAUGCGUUCAACAAUGGGAUCAGAACGACUAUCAGCUCUGGCGCUGCUGCAUGUUCACACCGACAUAUUUCCUGACGUCACUAAAGUCAUAAAAGACUGAUGCCACAGGACAUCGUAGAAUUGUGUGUACCUUUGUUGACAAUGAUGACUGAUUUGCCAAGCAACGUGUUUACGUAAGGUAUAUGGCGGUAAAUAUACUUAGGCUAGAUUAUGUUUGUAGCCCGUUCUUUGCGUAAAAUGUUUUAAAUAUUGGUGAAAUAGAAAAAAAUGAUUAAAACUAUGCCUGUUUUGCUUUAUGUUUUGCUGGAGUACUUUUGCUAAUAUGAGACAUAUGAGUCAUGGCAUGUGGUGACAUUUAUUUGGCUGUAUAUGAUUAAGUAGGGCUGAUCAAUGACGAUAGGAGACGGGAAGGUGUGCGUCCAUUUUUUUAAGGCUGUGGGCGCCCCUGAAAUGAGCUGACAAUAUUCUGUAAUGUCAUGGCCAUGUUUGUAAAAUGAGAUGGCUGCUGAGAGCUGUUUUUUUGAUGCCAUCCAGAUUCAGACAAGCUUUCCAAACCCUUCUCACUCUUCAUUAAUGACGAUAAAAAGUAUGCUAAAGGGAAAAUUAUCAAAACAAUGAUAUUUAAUUUUAAUGAUAAUUACCUUUCACGGAUUAAAAUUGUUACAGUUAACCCUCUUUAGGCAUAAGCUUCUGAAGUUUUGUAAUAGUGCGCAUGGUGAGAGGGGAAGUGGUGUUAAUAUUUUCAUCAUCCACACUGUAAAAUUAGAUAUCAAAUGUUCAUAGUAAUAUUUCAUUCAUAGUAUAGUAAUAAACUCAUCAGCUUGUAUUUCUCCCUGAUAGAAUAAAGAUUAUUAACAUUAGGGCUAGAUAUUUUACAAAUUUUUGGAACUGUUUGUUUAAAAAAGGGAAACUGAAUUGUGUACAAUCACUUUUAAAUUUUUAAAAAUAUUAAUUUUAAGAAUAAAAUUUUAGCAUUAUAACUUUAUCAUUUUAAUUCAGGUGAAGAAAAGCAUCUAUGCCUCCUCUACACAUAUUUAGAAGGUCAAGAAUUUGAAAACGUAGCUGAUCUGAAUGAUCCUAAAACAAUAUUUGAGCUGGGUGCAUUUCUCGGGCUGCUACAUAAGGCUCUAGAGGUGAGGUUUUGUUUCCGGUGGCACGUUCUCUAGUAAAGGACAUUAGAUCUCUGUCCCUGACUGCAUGGGUGACUUAACUGCAUACAUAGCUUAAUGAAUAAAAUUACUAAUUUCCAUCAAGUGGUAAAUAUCUUUAAAUAAGCUCAAGACUAGUUUAAUACAUCUUAAAGUUAGCAUAGAACACAUUUUUGAAUUUCUAUUGUAAGUUACUUAGCAUAUUUUUUUUUACUAUCAAUGUCACUGGUAAGUUAGGAGAACUAUACAAUAAUUGGACACAUUUAUUUUGAACUGAAUUUCCAUAAAAAACACUAUAUUCAUUAGUGGUAUUUUCAACUAAAUGAUGUUAGUUUUUGUUUUGAUAGAUUUUGACCAUCUGUUUUUAAAAAAAAUAAUUCUAUCGUAAUAAAAGAGUUUUAAAACUGCAGUUUUUAUUCCUAUUUUUCUCCCAAGGAUGUACCUCAUGAUGCUCUAGAGCCAGAUCCAUUAGAUCCCUGGCUUCUUUGUAACGUCCACUUGUUAGGUAAUCAAGAACACCUACUUAACAUAAUGGUAAUAAAUUAUUUUAGUUUACAACAAUUCUGGAGAUCUAGAGACAACCUUACUAACCAUUCAUGACGAUGCCAUAAAAUAUUUCCACAAAUAAAUUUAGUGAAGAUAUUAAGUCAACAAUAUUAUUAUUAUAAAAUAUUUCAUUAUAAUUACUGUAUUCAUAAUUCAUAAAUAUCACCCUUUAUUUCCUCCAGCAUUUUCAACAAUAUGUUAACUGUAUUAAAAAUGUCUUAUAAUUAUUAUGAAAAGAAAAAGACCCAAAGUCAAUGUGGAUUUAAUAAAUUCUUACAAAUUUAUCAAUUCAUUUUGUUCUCAGAAUGUUGAUCUUAGACUUAAACUUGAAAAAAUCAUAAAUCGGGCAGAAAAAAAACUAGCUGCAUUAUCAGGAGAUCUGAAAAAAGGUUGCCACACAUUCCCUUUAUUUAAUUUUUUUUUUUUAAAUAUACAAACAUCAAAGUAAAAUUUGAAAUAAAACUAAAAUUAUAAGUUCAAUAAUAAAUAUAAAGACUCUACAUCUGUUUUUUUUUUUUAAUUUUUAACAAAAAAAAUUUUUUUUGCAAUAGAAGGCAGUAAUUAUUUUAUUUAUCAAUUUUUUUAAAUUUUGAUAAUGGGUUUGGUAAUUUAACAUUAAAUUAAAAGCUUCUAAUCUUACCAAGUUGAACAAUUAUUGAUUGUUUCAGGAGUAGUGCAUGGGGAUUUUCAUACAUUAAAUAUAAUUGUCAAUGAAAUGAUGCCAAGUUUCUUGAACAGAAUCAACUGUGGUCACAAUAAAGAUAAAUUGAGUCAAGGAAGACCUACCCACCAAGGUUCUGUGGAGUUUCUAUUAAAUUGUUUGAGGGAAGCAAACACCGAAACCUGUAACCUGGAUGUUAAAAAAUUGUUAUCAAGGUAUGGCAUCAUCGACUUUGGGGAAAUGAUUUACACUUUCCAAAUAUUGGAAGUGGGUCGUAUCAUAGCUGACCUCAUGGUGACGAUCGUUAUACUCAACACCAAGAGCAACAAACAAGUAAGGGAGGAAUCAAAUCAGGCAACACCAGAUGUGAAGGCAGAUACAGCAGAAGCACAGGAUUUGAGUGAAGUUCGACUUGGGGCUCGUGAGUUGGCUGGAGAUGGGUCCUGCCGUGAAGUCUUGAAUUCAAGUGCUCAGAGAAACAUUGGCAUUAACUUCCCUAAUAUAAUGUCUGUCGGAGGCUACAUUUUGAAAGGCUACCACAAGACCAACGGUGUUUCUGUACAAGAAAUGGAAGUACUGAAAGAUUCUGUGAUGGUGUCCCUGGCUCAGUACAUUUUGUUGGGUAAGACAUUUUUAUGAUAUAUAUUGAAUUACAGUUGUAGGUUCAAUAUUUUAAAAUUAAAUACAUAAAUUAUUAAGAUUUCCUUUCAUUUAUUCCUUUUAAGCCUGUGUCUGUAGGAUCAUAACCUCUUGUAAAAGUGAAGAUCUCUUUAUAGAAUGAUGUUCUCUUUAAAUGUUGUCUAUGGAUGGCAGUAGUUUUUUUGUGUGCUAGUAUGUUCUUUCAACAUCCUAGUUAAAUAAAAAGUAAUAAGGGUAAAAAAGUGGUUGCAAUAAAUAUUGACAUGUUAAAUACCAUUAAUUAAAUGAUAUAUCUAUAAUUAAUUUAUCCAUUUUAAUUGGGAUUAAUGAACGCAAGUUUUGAUUAAUAAAUUUACUUUUAUCACUUCCAGAUUUUCAAUUAGAAUAUUAGCACUAUAAUUUGGACUGUAAUAUAAUUAAUGCUGAACCUACCAUGACAUUUUGUGUUAUUAAAUUUUUCAAAAAUAUUCCUUAAAUUUAGCCACAGCAAUGGCUCUAAUAUUGUAUAUGGAGGUGAAGCAACUUCGAAUAUGUCUGCAAUCUAUUUUUAUAUAAAAUGAAUGAUAUUAUUUCAUUUCCAUUAUCAUGUUUUCUUUCCUCAUCCUUCAUUACAGUUGGGAUCUCAACUGAAGACAGGGCUGAAUGUUUUGAGUACAAUGUCCUUUGUCAGAAAGCAGCUGAGUUAUUGCUUAUAGAGCUGAGUGACGUCAGCCCAGACACUUUCUAUGUGGCAUGGGCUGAUGCUGCUCUUCAGUGUUGAUGGAGGAAAAAUUAGCUGAGAGUAAAAGAGUGAUGCCCACAAAUCAUUUCUUUGUAUUAAUCCACACUAAAACUGAAAUUAAAUCAUUUGUGAAAUCCAA